GUAAAACCCAACAAGAGAAUAAUCAAAUAAGUAAAGUAAGCAAGUAGCAGAGCAACUAGAAAGUUUUAUAAAUUUUAGUUGAAAGUUGACUUUGAGAUCUUCGUUCUUACAAAACAGAACCAAACUUCGACAAUGUCACUCAUGUUUUCUUCCCCUGUCGUCACCCCAGCACUCGGAUCUUUCACCUUCUCAUCUCGACCACGCUCCAAUUACAUCGUGAUGUCCGCCGUCCGAUCUAACUCUGCUUCGACGUGUCCUAUACUGACCAAGUUUCAGAAAGACUGCGCCACUCCUACACCGUACCUACGCAACGUAGCCAACGCCAUUGCUGAUGACAUGCGAGAUGGUCUAGCUGUUGAAGGAGGAGGAGAUCUCGAGAUGAUCUUGACUUUUGUUGACGCUUUGCCUUCUGGGAAUGAGGAAGGGUUGUUCUAUGCAUUGGAUUUAGGAGGUACAAAUUUUCGGGUGCGUAGCGUGCAAUUAGGAGGAAAGAAAGAGCGAGUCUUAGCUACCGAAUCUGAACAAAUAUCUAUUUCUCAAAAGCUUAUGAUUGGUACAAGUGAGGAGCUUUUCGGGUUCAUUGCUUCAAAGCUUGCAAAUUUUGUUGCAAAGGAGAAGCCAGGUCGGUUUCUUUUAGAAGAAGGGAGGAAAAGGGAGUUAGGGUUUACCUUUUCAUUCCCUGUGAAGCAAACCUCUAUUGAUUCAGGCACAUUAAGCAAGUGGACUAAAGGCUUUAAAGUGUCUGGAAUGGAAGGAAAAAAUGUGGUUGCUUGUUUAAAUGAAGCUAUGGAAGCACAUGGACUCGAUAUGCGAGUUUCUGCUCUUGUAAAUGAUGGAGUGGGAACAUUAGCUGGAGCAAGGUAUUGGGAUGAGGAUGUGAUGGUCGGUGUGAUUCUUGGCACUGGGACCAAUGCUUGUUAUGUAGAACAGAAACAUGCAAUUCCUAAACUCCGAAGCAAAUCUUCUUCUGGAACAACGAUCAUAAACACUGAGUGGGGAGGGUUCUCUAAGAUUCUUCCGCAAACCAUUUUUGACCUAGAGAUGGAUGAGACAAGCCUGAAUCCUGGUGAACAUUUAUAUGAGAAGAUGAUCUCAGGGAUGUACCUUGGUGAAAUUGUAAGGAGGGUUUUGCUCCAUAUGUGUGAAACUAGUGACUUGUUUGGACACUUCGCUCCUGCCAAACUCUCCACUCCUUUGGCACUCAGGAAAUACCAAUAUGCUCAAACAUUUCGGUUCAGCUUUGGUUCGGUGCGGUCUAUAUAUGCUCACCCCUAGAUUCAAUACCUUAAUAACUUGAUUAGCUAGGAAAGUGUUGUAAAUUCUGAUUGACAGUUUUAUUCAUUAUUUUUUUUUUUGUAAAUUUUGUAAAGGACCGAGCAUCUAUGCAAAAUGCAAGAGGACAAUACAGAUGAUCUUCGGGAUGUUGGAUCAAUCCUAUACGACUUUUUAGAUGUAGAGGCGAAUAUGAAUGCAAGGAGGAGAGUGGUGGAAGUGUGUGACACAGUAGUGAAACGCGGAGGGCGUCUAGCAGGAGCUGGUAUAGUGGCAAUUCUGGAGAAGAUUGAAAAAGAUACCAAAAGAAUGGGUUCAGGUAAAAGAACCGUUGUGGCUAUGGACGGUGCACUGUAUGAGAAGUACCCACAAUAUCGACAGUAUAUGCAAGACGCACUAGUCGAGCUUCUUGGCCAUAAGCUUGCAAGUCACGUUGCGAUCAAACAUACCAAAGACGUGUCUGGGCUCGGUGCUGCUCUUUUGGCGGCCACUAACUCCAUUUACUAGUACUUGGACCUCUACUUCAUGAGUAUAGGAGGACUUUUGGUCCAUUUGUUUGUGUACAUUUAUAUAAGAUAUCAUAUCAAUAUCAAUAAGAUUGUAAAGAGGAGCAACGAACUAGCAGAAGAUUAUGUCUUGGACCACUUCGUACAACACUAGAAAAUCCUUUUACUUCCAAAG